AUGUCAAACAUCGAUGAUGACGAUACUGAUUAUUAUUCACAAAACAACAAAAAUAAUGAUUCUUCAGAUUCGUUACCCAGUUUACCAUCAUUUUCAUCAACAUCAAAAUCAACAUCAUUGAUAGCGGAAGAGGAGAAAGUAAAACAAAAAAACAGCACAAUAAACGGAUACAGCUCUUCCUCGUCAUUUACAAAACAAAAAGGUUAG